AUUGAAAUAAAUACAUUAAAAUAAAUAAAUUUCACGUUUCAAUAAACAAGGAAAGGUACACAUUUUUGGUCACAUUGGGUUUCCAUACAUUGAAGGACGAGUGUUUGGCUCCCCCAGAUGGCUGUGAAGUCUCAGAACAGAAAAAUGUUCCAGGUGUGAGCUGCUGCCAGACGUUUUUUGGUAGCUCAGAUGGGGAAGGUCAUUGUUUUGAUAAACAUCACAUAUCCGGUAUGAAUGUUGGUUUGCGGGUUUCGGUUUUCUCGURUAGACGAGCGCGCGAGGUAGCGACAAGGAUUUCUUAAUUUAAUAAAAGCGUCGCAGAUUGUAGCAGCAAAACGAAAAGCUCGUUGUGUUUUUCCACAUCAAGGAGGAGGAGGAACCAGUCAUCUCUGCGUCGACAAAGAGGAAAAAAAAACAUCUUCAGAUCUUGAGCUCACAGGAGAACUUUGCUUUUGAGCCUCUGAAAAUCAGAGGUGUUGUAAACCGGUUCGUUUUCAUUUUGAUCUCGCUCUUCUUCUUCUUCUUCGCACAGGAAGUUUACAAAGUUAGCUAACCUCUCGCAAGCCACGCUGCACUGUYGUAUUUAUAACUCGUCUCAGAGAGGCUGUAUGAGGUUCGCUCAGGGUGUUGCCUGUCUGCACCAACAGAACCGAACCGAACCGAACCACCCAUCGCUGCUGCUGCUUUUUGCGUCCUGACGCUUUUUAGGACGAGACGAACGCAGCUGCUUCUCCUGGGAAAUAACACCAAUGUGUUGAACCAGACCCACAAUGGGAUCUCUGAAGGCUCUCCAGGAGUGGUGUCGGACCCAGUGCGAGGACUAUGUGGACAUCCGGGACAUGUCCUCGUCCUUUCGGGACGGCUUGGCUUUUUGUGCCAUCAUUCAUCGUUACAGACCAGAUUUAAUAAACUUUGACUCACUGUCUAAAGAAAACGUCUACGAGAACAAUCGACUGGCAUUUGAAGUGGCAGAGACAGAGCUGGGAAUUCCAGCCCUGCUGGACCCAGAAGACAUGGUGUCCAUGAAAGUUCCCGACCGGCUCAGCAUCAUCACAUACGUGUCUCAGUACUACAACUAUUUCAACAACAAGUCACAAGCAAACCCACCCUGUAUGAAGAGGCUGAGUUCUGUCAGUCACAACGAGCCCACCCAGAAAAGGCCACCAACUCCUUUAGAAGACAAAGUGGUUCAGCCUGAGGCAGGUGUGCAGGCGGCCGCAGAGGUCAAGCUGAGCAGCACCUGCGCUGCCUGUAACAAACACGUCCACUUGGUACAGAGGUUCCUCGUGGACAGCAAGCUUUACCACCGCAACUGUUUCAGGUGCACGGAGUGUCGCAGCACUCUGCUUCCUGGAUCCUACAAAGGAAAUGACUCUGGGGCGUUGAUCUGUACGCACCACCUCACGAGGCAAGCUUUAACCAAUCAGAACAGUCGUCCAGAUCUUAGUAAGCGACCAGCGGCGGAUCAGCCUGCCAGAACUGACCCCAGCACAGUUGAUGUUCCCUCUGAGGGGGACCAGGAACAGACCCCSUCUACAGUAACGGAUCCUGACACGUUAGCCAACGACUCGGUUAAAGAAGACUCUUCGGGUGAAGCGAAAGAGAUAAACGGGAGCGAGGAGAAAUCCCGUCCUUCCUCUCCUCCUAAUCCUUUUGAUGAGAGCGAAGAAGAGGAGGACGAGGAAGGAAAAGAAGAAGAAACACCAACCAAGCUGACAUCUAAUGGGGACCAUCCGUGCACACGUGACAGUCCUGUUGAAGAAGUGAGCCGACCCGUACCUGCACCCAGAAGGAUUUCUGAGCGCACGCCUCCCCCUCGCCCGGCCCCUCGAUUUCGAAUGUCCCACGCAACAAAUGGACCAUCAGCUGAAGAACAUCAGAAGCCUCUAAUUCCUCCCAAACCUCAGGAAAGAUCACAGUCUCCUGGAAGUGGCACCCAUAAACCUAAAGACCCACCUUGGCUUACCCUGGUUCCAUCAGAAACCAGGAAGAAGAAAGCUCCUCCCCCYCCCCCUCCCGGACUGACAACACCUCCAAACACAGGCUCUUUGUCCUCUCUUCAAGGGGAGGGCUCCAGACCCAGCACGCCCCCUCAGACCUCAAACCCAUUCGAGGAUGAUGAGGAUGAAAAUGGUGAAGAAAAUGAUGAGGAGCAAGAAGGAGGAGCAGUUCCUCCCACGGUUGUGGCUGCUCACCCGUGGUACAACAUCACUCGGCCAGCAGACCCAGCAGGAGCAGAAGUUACGCCCCCCAGAGGAAGCUCCUCCCGCWCCGCCAGUCCUGGGAGUGCUAAGAGCAAGAAAAGACCGGCCCCUCGUGCUCCACACCCCKCCUCUGCUUUCUCUCAGUCUCAGUCUUCCUCCUGUUCUCCCUCUCCAGCACUCAGUACAGAGAGUCUGUCCUCUGCCUCGGACCACAGCUCCUCCCAGAUCCCCCUGGGUGCCAGCAACGACCAGGAACCGGGCUUCACCAAGAGCGUCUCUGAGCCUUCCAUCUGUUCCCCCUCCGACAACUCGCCGUCCUCUUCCUCCUCUCCAGCUGRUCCUCAGCAUCACCCUGCCUUAAGUCCCGCCCCAUUUCCCGUGCCGUCUAARGCCAGCUCAGCUCCGGCCACCCCGCAGACCAGUCGCAACUCUGGGAGCACCAAAGAUCCUGGAGCUGGACCACAAAAAGCCAKAAACAAUAAACGGUUUUGUAAGGAGAACCCCUUUAACAGGAAAGCAUCUCCCUCCGCUGCCAAAUCUGAAACCAGACCUCCAAAAGGCCCGCGACCCGCCAGACCCCCGGCACCCGGACACGGGUUCCCGCUUAUCAAACGCAAGGUGCAGUCGGAUCAGUACAUCCCAGCUGAGGACAUCCAUGGAGAGAUGGCUCAGCUGGAGAAGCAGCUGGAUGAGAUGGAGCAGAAGGGCGUGGAGCUGGAGAAGCAGCUGAGGGACAYCCCAAAUGAUGAAGACGAGGAGCGUCUGCUGGUGGACUGGUUCACUCUCAUCCACGAUAAGCACCUGUUAGUGCGACGUGAAGCUGAGCUGGUGUACACAGCAAAGCAGCAGAACCUGGAGGAGAGGCAGGCUGAUGUGGAGUACGAACUGCGGUGUCUUCUCAACAAACCAGAGAAAGACUGGACAGAGGAGGACAGGAGUCGGGAGCAUGAGCUGAUGGCCGAGCUAGUUACCAUCAUCGAACAGCGCAACCAAAUAGUUAACAACAUGGACCAGGACCGGCAGAGAGAAGAAGAGGAGGACAAACUAAUGGAGGCCAUGCUGAAGAAAAAAGACUUUCACAAGGAGCAUGACGGUGACCAUCAAAAGAAAAAAGGGACAAAAUUUAAACCCAUCAAGGUGCUCAAGCGACUGAGCCAUAAAGGAGAACCAGGAAAGAGUCCUAAAGGAGAACRGGGAAAGAAGCACAGCCCCCGUAAGGAGAAAAGCUGAGCAGCAGAGGACACGACUUUAAAAAGACGAUAUUCUAUUUAACACUUAUGAGUUCAAAAUAAAAGCCUCAAACAUAUCAGAUCAAGAUGAAACCUCCAUUAACUUCACUGAUCAUUUUUAACUCCGACCCCUCCCACYUUUACUCCAAUAAAUCUGUCAGCUCAAGCGCUUUGAGCUUUMAAGGAAACUGAAGCACAUUUCUGUUGUGCUUUGCUAAUUUAUGCAUUAAACUUUUCAUUUUCGUACACA